AUGGAAACACAAGGUAAGGUGAAAAUAUUACCACAAGUGACCGCACCUCAAGCAUCUAAAUAUGAAACUUAUUCACUAAGAUCAAGAAUGGAUCACAAAUCCAGAUCUCAUUCUUGUCCAAACAGUCCUUCCAUGAUUCUAAAUGCGGACGAACUUUCCCCACCCUCAACAUAUUUUCGAAACCGUAGUUUCGGACAACAUAUUUUAUCAAGAAAUCAUGUUGAGGGUGCGGAAAAUUCGACCCUUAAUAUCGAAGAAACAAGAGAUAAUAUUGAAGUAAUGUAUCAUGGAGAACCCACUUCACCAAAAAUAUCAUGCACGGGACAUAUCAAGCACAAGAAGAAACAGAUCGAAGAAGGGGAAGGCGUAGAGGUAAAGAAACACGAAACUACGUUUCUAAAGAUGUUGUUGAAUUUGAAGAAGUCAAAAUAUGAGGUGAGAAGGAAAUCCAAUGCAUCUUGUCUCAAGCUUAUAAUUAAGUAUGCAGUUAAGGAAAGAGCACAUAGAAAUCAAUCUAUGCCUAUAGAAGAGAACUAA